CUGCGAUCUUGCACAAAAUAGAAAAAUUUCCUCCCUCUAGGGUUUUUGCGCGGAGGGGGGAGGGCCAUGGCUGCUGUGAGAUCGAUUUGUCGGCUUGGAGCUGCGAUCCAGGGCUGGCAUAGAAAUCUCAUAGCGAAGAUUCCAGUUCCCAAGCUUGCGUCGGAGUUUAAGCCUCCUCCAGUGAACGAAUUUGGAGAAACAAACGCCAGGCCUGGAUGGCUUCGUGUUUCUGUGACCGCGGCUUUUCUUGGAUACAUGAGCAUGAACGCUAUUCCAAUAAUUGCCGAGGGUACUGUGAAACAUCCGGUGCUCUUGCUCAAAGUGAAAGAUCCCUUCUUCCAGCGAAGUGGUGCUUCCAGAUUGAUUUAUCUCACUCUUACCGAUGGAAGGAAGCAGGCAGCAGUGAAAUACGGAGCCAUCGGAUUGCUCCUGGAAAUGCUUGAGUCGGCCACCGAUGACAAAACACGCAUCGCUGCUCUCAAAGCAAUGAACGCCCUUGCUCAAUGCGAUUUAGCGAUCAAGGUGCUUCACAGGCGAGAAGGAGGUGCUGCUCUCGAAAAGAUGGCCGAGUCUACUGCCAACCUCGAAAUCCUGUCGCUUAUUACUUCCAUUCAAGACAAGAUGAGGAGGCCGCUUGUGCUGGACGAAGAGGACGACCUUUUAGUGGCUACUCCGGCACUGGCUAUGUCGUAAGCAGCAACAGCGAUGGACGAGUCGAGAGCUCGGUGCAAAUAAAACCCGGGCUUGUGAAGAACAAAGAAAACUUGAUAUGAACUUCGUGUUUUGUGAAUGUAAAAACCAUUUUGUGGACA